AUGAGCUGCAGGAAGUUCAACGCACCGAGACAUGGAUCUUUGCAGUUCUGCCCAAGGAAAAGAUCGAAGACAAUCAGGCCGUCUGUAGGGGCGUUUCCGGCUGACGAUAUCUCCCAGCCUGUGCAUCUGACUGGAUUUAUGGGGUACAAGGCAGGGAUGACACAUGUGAUAAGGACUAAGACCCAGGUUGCAAAGAACAAGCAACUUUCUAGGGAGGUGAUGGAUGCAGUGACUGUGGUUGAAGCACCGCCGAUGGUUGUGUAUGGGAUUGUGGGAUAUGAGAGGACUGUGACUGGACUGCACAGACUCCCGAUUGUCACGGCAUCCUAUGUGAACGAUGGAGUUCUCCGCAGGAUGUUUGGUAACAAGUACAUGGAGAAGGAGGCGGCGGCCCAGUUCUGCCGAGGAGAAGUGACGGAGUCCCGGGUUGAAGAGAUCAAGAAGAGGGCAGAGUGUGUGCGAGUGCUUGUUCAGACACAGCCGGAGAUGGUGAAGACACUUGGGCUGAAGAAAGCACACAUCGCGGAGAUACAGUUGAAUGGAGGAAGCAUCUGCGAGAAGGUUGAGUGGGCUCUGGAGAGGCUUGAGAAGGAGAUCCAGAUUGCAGAGGUGUUUGGAGAGAAUGAGAACAUCGAUGUGAUUGGGGUGACGAAGGGAAAGGGAUUCCAAGGAACAGUGAAGAGGUUUGGAGUACGAAAGCAGCCGCGCAAGUCUCGAAAGGGGAUCCGAAAGGUUGCAUGCAUUGGAGCAUGGCAUCCGAGCCGUGUGAUGUACUCUGUUGCACGAGCAGGGCAGAUGGGGUUCCAUAGAAGAACAGAGAAGAACAAGAGGGUGUACAUGAUUGGAAAUGGAAGCACCAAGAUCAAGACUGAGUUUGACCUAACCGAGAAGGCGAUUUCGCCGAUGGGAGGAUUCCCUCACUAUGGAGAAGUGAAGAACGACUUCAUCAUGGUGAAGGGGGCGGUUGUCGGGCCACGGAAGAGGGUUGUGACGCUUCGAAAGAGUCUUACACAGCAGAGGCCGAGCGAGGAGCUUGUGAUCAAGUUUGUCGACACAUCGUCGAAGAUAGGACAUGGGCGGUUCCAGACAAGUGCAGAGAAGAAGGCAUUCUACGGAGCAAAGAAGGCAGAAACAGUCGCCGAAGUCCAUUAA